UUGCCAACAAGUGAUCCGCGGCAGGAGUUAUUUGUCGAAGUUGCACAGGACGAGACAGGAAAACGAAAUCUGCAUGCCAUCUUGCAAAGAGAGAGCCGACUGUCGCCAUCCCAACGGAAAGGUCAGGGUGAGGUCAGAUCUGCAGUAGCAUUGUCGGAUCAGCUUUUCAAUGACCUUGUAUCAUGUCUUUUGGGCAAUUUUCGCCCCAAUGUCGGGGCCGAUUGGGUUGGGCCUAAAACUGCCCAAAUUCUCUCGGCUUGGCGGAUUCCCCAUUCACCGGAGCUGGAGGCGCUAUCAUUUCGGCCUUUGUCUAUCCAACUUACGCGAAGCCGUCUUGAGGCUGUUGACAAGCCGAGUGCGGUCGCCCUCCUCUGA